GGCUUUAUCCCCGGGCCCCGGGGUCCCGCCCUCUCCGCCGCCACCGGGCCAUGGCCGCCGCCGUCGCACUCCUGGUGGCCCUUCUGCUUUCUUGCUGGGGCAGGUUCCACGGGCAUAAAAAGAUCAGCGGGGACAGGUGUUCUCAUCACUCUGAAUGCUUCAGUGACUGCUGCCUCAUGGAUUUAACCGCUGGAGGAGCUUUCUGUGCUCCCAAGGCCAGAAAAGCCAUGGCGUGCCUGCCCCAGCGACUGCAGCUCUCCUACCUGCUCCCCACAGACCAAGGGAGCCAUGAACAUCAUCUGCCCCUGCAAAAGGGGCUUGAGUUGCUCAUCCAAGGACGUGAUGUGUCCCCGCCGGUGCCACUUGAUUUAGAGGAGGAUACAGGCUGGUCAAUUUCUUGGGGCCAGAGGCCCUGGCCACCCCCAACUGACUCCAAAUCCAGCUCCUGAGACAUUAAAAUCACUUUCUGGC